UGGUGACAAAAUUUAAUGUGUUAAUGCAGAAUGAAUUAGGAAAAGUGAAAAAGUCGGAUCCCCUAUACGGUGAAGAGACCAAAAUGACUAAGUCUAAAAGAUUGAAGAAACGGCAAACUGAUACGGAGCAAGGUUUUUUUGUCGAUACUUUAACUGAUGAUUAUCAAGAGACUACUUUUGGAGCAUCGAAUGAAAAGUAUUUAGUUGACCUGCCUGUGCGUAAUGACUACGGCCGUAAUAGAAGAAAGAAAAUUCGUCAAAGUCGAAGCUACUUAAUCUUAGAGGAUAAUCCAAGUAAUGGCGCGCCUGGCUCUACGAUAAGAAAAGAUGGUAACAAGUGUUUGUUUCGCUCGAACUCCAAAAAUGCCGACAACGAGGAUUCUCUCGUAUUGACUUCGCUUUCGCGCAAUAACGUCACGAAGAUGAAAAACAAGAGUAAACCUAGUUGUUCGAUGAAAACCAAGAGCGGGGCCCAACUUCUCAAUCCUGAUAAGACGAUGUUCGAAGUGCCAACCAGAAGCAGUAAUUUCAAAAAACUUUCUUUAUCGCCAGCAGUGCCAGAGGCUACAGAUGAAGUUCGUUUAGCUCACCGACUACGUUUGGCCAUCCACGAAGGCGGCUCGAAGAAUGUGCGCGAAAACGAACAACUACGGACUGUGGUACUAAGAGCCCUCGACCAGCAUAUACCUUGGCCCACUAUAGAGGCUAUGCUCCAAGAUUGUGGAUCACCGCAACGCAUUACAACAAACUGCUUUAUCUUGCAAAUAUGCUUUCAACGCAAGGUUGACUUGAUUUGUUCUGUGAGAACCAAAAAUAUAAUGGCAUUCAAGAAGAAAAUAUUAAGCGUAUUGAAGAGUAACGGUGCCAUCUUUUCAUCGGUUAUGCAUAAUUUUAAUCAUUGCUGCGUGGUAGAAGCGUUAGCAUCGUAUCGUACCCCCAUACAAUUCUCGGAUUUUGAGAGAACUCUAGCCAAAGAUGCUCUGGAGUGUCAUGCGACGUCCGUGGAGAUUAUCGAUUAUGAGACCGGAGCCGUCAAUUUAAAAUGUCAUCCCAUGCAAUUGCCUGAUGUAUCGGUUGCUUUAGAGCAAAGAAAUUAUAAAAUUAUAUCAACUGAUUACGGGUUUCGACCGCGAGAGCGCGUUCAAUUAGAUGAGAAGGAGCAUAGGCGGUAUAACCGUCUUCUGAGCAGUUUGCGUAAAUAUCCUGAAAUCGAAGGUAUUUACGAUAAUUUAAAUCCUGUAGAUUUGCAACCGACUGAGCCUAGUAAAGAUGUCUAAGGGCAUCCAACAUGUCGAACGGAAUUAUAUGCAACGUAAUUUGAUUAUAUAAUG